CCGGGCUUUGUGCUGCCCGCGGGGCCUGCGCGGAGCGGCGGGGAGAGCGCGGUAGCCGGCGGCGGGGCCCUGCCGGGGCGAGCCAGCAUGUCCUCCAUCCUGCCUUUCACCCCUCCCAUCGUCAAGCGGCUCCUGGGCUGGAAGAAAGGGGAGCAGAACGGGCAGGAGGAGAAAUGGUGCGAGAAGGCGGUGAAGAGCCUGGUGAAGAAGCUGAAGAAGACGGGGCAGCUGGACGAGCUGGAGAAGGCGAUCACCACGCAGAACAUCAACACCAAGUGCAUCACCAUCCCCAGGUCCCUGGAUGGCCGGCUGCAGGUGUCUCACCGGAAGGGGCUUCCCCAUGUGAUCUACUGCCGGCUCUGGCGGUGGCCGGACCUUCAUAGCCACCAUGAGCUGCGGGCCAUGGAGAUGUGCGAGUACGCCUUCAACAUGAAGAAGGAUGAAGUCUGUGUGAAUCCUUACCAUUACCAAAGAGUGGAGACCCCAGUGUUACCUCCAGUGCUGGUGCCUCGGCACACGGAGAUCCCAGCCGAGUUCCCGCCGUUGGACGACUACAGUCACUCUAUCCCAGAGAACACUAACUUCCCAGCAGGCAUCGAGCCGCAGAGCAACUACAUUCCAGAAACACCUCCUCCAGGCUAUUUGAGUGAGGAUGGAGAAACUAGUGACCACCAGAUGAACCCCAGCAUGGAUGCAGGUUCUCCAAACUUAUCACCAAACCCUAUGUCUCCAGCACACAAUAAUCUGGACCUGCAGCCUGUCACCUACUGCGAGCCAGCCUUCUGGUGCUCCAUAUCCUACUACGAGCUCAACCAGCGAGUGGGAGAGACUUUCCACGCCUCCCAGCCCUCCAUGACCGUGGAUGGUUUCACUGACCCCUCUAAUUCAGAACGUUUCUGCCUUGGUUUACUGUCCAACGUCAACAGAAACGCGGCAGUGGAACUCACCAGACGACACAUUGGGAGAGGAGUGAGACUCUACUACAUCGGAGGCGAGGUGUUUGCCGAGUGUCUCAGUGACAGUGCCAUUUUUGUCCAGUCUCCCAACUGCAACCAGCGCUACGGCUGGCACCCAGCAACAGUCUGCAAGAUUCCACCAGGAUGUAACUUGAAGAUCUUUAACAACCAGGAAUUCGCUGCUCUCCUGGCUCAGUCUGUGAACCAGGGCUUUGAAGCUGUCUAUCAGCUGACCAGGAUGUGCACCAUUCGGAUGAGCUUUGUCAAGGGAUGGGGAGCAGAAUACAGGCGUCAGACUGUGACCAGCACUCCCUGCUGGAUCGAACUGCACCUCAACGGCCCCUUGCAGUGGCUGGACAAGGUCCUCACACAGAUGGGCUCCCCCAGUAUUCGUUGCUCCAGUGUCUCCUAAGGAAGCCUCUCCUGAGGGUGAGGGGGAGGGGGAACAAAGACUCUGGAAAAUGGAAUUGGCUUAUCCCUUAGGAAAAAGCAUAGUUCAUAGGAAACUAAUCCCUGGUUACUGAAGCGAUGAGGAAAAAAAAAAAAUCUGCUAAAAAAACCCUCAACGUGGAUUUUCUUUGUUUUGGUUUUUAAACUCAAUACCCAUUUAAGCCACUUCCAGUGAACCUGUUGGCACUUUGGUUACAAUGCGAUGGGCCACUGCAGUUUGAAUUCGAAGCUGAAGUUGAUGAUGAUAAUAAACCCAACCCUGGACUUGGUUUCAGCGGAGAGAAGCCAGAGCUGUGCCUGCUUGGUGCUGCGAGCUGGUGGGAGCACCCAGGAGCUGGGAGGGAACUGGUCCUUGGCCUCACACAGCUCCAGGCUCCUGCCUUGCAGCCCCUCUGGAAAGCCCAACGCUGGGAGACUUCGGGAUGACUCUUGCUCAUGUGUUCCUGGGGCCACCUGCCUGAUCCACAACUGUCCUCCCCGGGAGUGCAGCAGGAAGGGAGAACAUGAAGCAUUUAAAGCACACAUAGGAACUAAUUCUCCCAGGAAUAUUCACAAAAGGAGUGAAUUUCCCAUGCUGGACUACAAACAAGGAGGUAGAGUCCUGCUUUCCAUAUUUGAGGGAUGCAGCUGAUGGUCUCAGACUGGACUGACAUGAAGCGUAAGGUCAAACUUCAGGCUUCUGAUCUUGCUGCAACCACUUCUGGCUUGAGCUGCUCACAGAGAGACACUGGUCACUGGGGGGCUCUGGCUGGGGACUUGAAGCCUUGGUUAUUGUGCAGUCUCUUUGCAUCAACUACAGAAAGUUUGUCUUCUGUUUUCUCAGUAUGUUGGAUGGUGUCUGCCACCUGGGAAGGGGCUCAGUGAAUUCCGUGUCCAGGGCUGCCCUAGGGAUGAACAGGCCUGUGCUGCCAUUUUCAGAAUAUGCAGUUUAACAAAUUCUCAUCCCAUGCUGUCAUGUGUGACUGAACCAAGACAUCUCAGACACAAAACCCCUGUUUAAAGCUUAGCUCAUUAAAAUGCUCUGAGAUGUGGUUUUGCCUGGAGAAAUUGGGAGAGUGUGUAUUUACUUGUAUUAUAAAAUGUUCACUUUAAAUAUACAUGCUCCAGACUGUUUAAUAUUUUUUUCUCCCUGCAGCAACUGUCAUGGCAAACAACUUCCACAACUGGAAAAAACCCUUAGCACUUGUUUUUAUGGUUCAAAUUUGCCAAAUAAGCCUCAUAACUUUGUCAGUGCUAUCCAAUUAUCUGCUUCUUUAUAUCUUGUGCUGUCGUGCAUUUGUGCCAAAAUGUUAGAAGGGGGAGGGGAGAAAAUGAUAAUCAGUUUCCUAUGGAAAUCUUAUUUUUUCAUAUACAAAAGAGACAGAGACACAGACACACACACAAAAGCUCAGGGCAGACCAGACUUAGGAUGGUUUGUGUUCAGGCUUUAGUCCUGCAGACCUUUGUUCUCCCCAGUGCAAAGAGAGCAGCUUCUCUGAGGUCAGUAGAAGUUCUCCUGCCUUCUCCUCUCUCUUCAAACCUUCUGGUUGAGGUUUGCAGAGCCCUGGUCCCAUCAUGGGGCACCAACUGGUAACAGCAUUUCAAACACUCACAGGAACUUCCAGAGAGGCUUUUCCAUUGUGCCUGUUCCUUUGAGAGACCUCUGGUUAUCAACCCCACCAACAAACCAACACUUUGGGACCUGAGGCAUCAGCAAGACAGGGCACAAGGUGCCCCUGGGUUGGUGGACACAGGAACAGAUGAUCCAAGAGGAUCACUGCUGGUUUAUAUCAGGCAAAUUAAGGGAUGCUUUGGAAGUUUUCUUCCAGAAGCAAGAAAUUUUGUAGAUGAAAUUUAAAUUCCAGGGAAGACUUUCAGGGGUGGGUGUGCUCCUGAGGGUACAGGCACUUUGGAAUAUCCUCGUGCAGAAUUUGACUGGAGCUUUCACUGUGCAGAAGCUUGUAUCAUAGCAUUGCAGGUUUUCUAGGAGCUGUUUAGUUUAAUUUUUGCAACAUGUCUGAGUAGUUAAAUCUCUGCACAGACUUGUGCAGUAAGAGCAUUCGUGUAACUCAGAUUUUCUAGCCACUUACAAAGCAGGUCUGUCUGUCCCUGGGGUUGGUUUGGCAUGUAUUUCAGAUACAGGUUUCUAACAUAGUUGCAAACAAAAAGUUAUACUGACUUUUGUGGAAGUAUGAGCUGCUGUUUUAGAGGGAAAAAACAACCCCAGGUUUCCUCCCUUAUUGUCUUUAAGUCAUAUUUGCUUAAUUUAGUGAACAAACUGUUUUCAUUGUCCACAUAAUUGUGGAGGAAGUUGGACUCUGGUGCCUUAAGAAUCAGCAACAGAAAUGGCAUCUUAAACACCAAUGUCAGAGUUCAUUUCAGGUGUUGGUGUGGCAGGAACCUGGCUUGACCCAGAGGCUACAAGCUGGAACAAACCCUGACUUUAAUAGCAACUUGCACACAGAAUGGCCAGACUAAGAACUGGAUCUGGAUUUUUGCUGGGAACCAGAUUUAUAUCUUCUGCUUGCUAAGGGAUAAUGGAUUGUGAGCUGUUGUUAACAGAGGCCUCUGAAACUCGGGCUCCAGGUCAUGCAUGAAAACCUUGGUUCAUCUCACUUCAUCAUCCCUUAAGUAAAAUGACUUCAAAUGGAAAACACAAGCAGCACAGUUAGAUACAGUGGAGAAGAUUAUCUCCACUGAAGUAUUAAUUUCCUCUCCUCCCCUUUCUUUGCCUUCUCACUAAUUCAUAAAACCUUUCUGGUUUCUGUAGCUGCCUUCUCACAUCAAAGUCCCCUGCCCUGUGACACUGGGAAGAUGGAGGUGGGGAAGAGCUGUGACCUCAGGGCUGUUUCCUGGGCUACUGUACAGGUGAGCACUCAUUCCCUGUCAGCUCUGCCACCUGCUCAGCUGCCACUCACCUGGACACUACAGAGAGGGGGCAGGUGGCUGGAGGCAGCUGUGCCCCAGGGGUGCCCCUGCCUGCUUCUGCUCUUCUCUGAAGCUUGAUUGAAGUAGCUUUGAUAUGUAGCACCAAUGUUUGCAAGCACCCGUGCCCAGCUGCCAUGACGUACCUGUGCUGGAAUAUCUUCUCAUGUCCUGGGAGGCUUGGCUGGUUUGACCAGGAUUUCAUACAUUUUUGUUACUAGUAGAGAGUCACUAGCAGGAACUUUGACUCUUUUUAUUUCGUGUAGCCAUACACAAGUGCCUGGCUGCUGGCAGAGGAUACUGAUGGCCUUGUGGUUUAAAAUGACUGUGGUGAUUUUUUUUUUUAAAUUAUUUUAAUGUAUUGAACUGAAUUGCAGUUUGUAUUUUGUGUUGAGCUCGUCUAGAGCUGUGAUCCAGUGCUGCCCAUUUGAUUUAAUCACCAGGAAUCACCACGUGGAUGUACAAAGAUGGAGAAAUCUGAUGGUAACACAUUUCCCCAAAGCUGUGGCUCCCCAUUUGUGCCAUGAAAAGGCUGGGGGUAACAUUUGAGAAAAGAGGUGAACAAAUUCAUAUCCCUCCCCCGUUAAGGACCAGCAGUUGGAACCAUGCAGAGGGCUCCUUUGCAGGGUGAAGAACAUUCAGGACAUCGGUGCCUUGUGCUGUUUCCUAAAUGGAAAAGCACAAGGAGCAAGAAGAAGGCAGCUCAGUGAAGGACUUAAGCCAUUUCACACAACAUCUGUCAGCCUUCCUAGUUCUCUAAGGUACUGGAUAGGUAGGAGGAAUGGAAUUCCACAAAUAAGCUGGUAAGCUAGAGUGAGAAAUAGUCACUAUUUAGUAGCUGAUGGAGCUGGUAUGGUUAAGAAAUUCAGUGUAUGUUUUUUAUUAUGUACAUGCUUUGUAUUUAUGUUGUCUUUCUGGAAUAUUUAGAUGAAUCAAAUAUUUAAUUUUGAACAGAAAGGACAAUUAAGGAUUCAGAGUUAUUAAAUCUUGCGUUUCUUUCUGGGGAUUGCCAGAAGUUAGGCAGUUACUGAUGUGAGGAGAGACUCUUCUCAGAGCUGAGCAGCAAACCCUGGCAAAUCAAACCUGUCACAAGCUUGUGCAGCAGGAGCCUUUCCCUGCGUUGCUGUUUGAUCCUUUAGUAGCACCUCAGGUUCCCAGUUGUUGUGCUCUUCAGGUCUUUUCAGAUUUAUGAGGCUUUAAAAAGACAAUAACCUCUCCUUCCAUAAAAGUUUUGGUUCGUCCUACGUUUCCUCCAGGAUGUGGAUACUGGAGGGGUCUGCACCAGUCUCUGCUGCUGAGAUGCAUCUGGUUCCCUCUCCCAGGGGAGGCAGCUGCUUUCCUCACACUCGACUGAACUGUUCCCCCUUUGAUAGACAAGGCUGAGCAUGUUUGCAUUAGUGUUUAGAUUUUUCUUACCCUGAGAUUGUAUGUUAGAUGUCAGCUCCCUGCUUUAGCUUGUUAAGCAUGAUCCGUUACUUGUUACUAAGGCCUGUGCUGUGUAUGCCUCUUCCAUAUGUGAAACUGUAAGUUCUAUUUUUGACAUUUUAAUAAACUUGGAUUUGAAAACUGA